AAGGAUUUCAGUUUCCGCGGACCUGCUCGCAGUUUGAGCCCCUCUUCUCCUCUUCUCCUCUUCUCCUCUUCCUCUCCCCACAAACUUUCGGGACUCUUUCCGGACUGAAUCCGCGCCGCUGUUGGACUCGGACCGCCGCGCUCUGCGCUCCGGGAAUGCACUUUGCGCGGAAGGCGCAAACCUCUGACCCCGGACACCUCCCGCUCCGUUUCCCCGCAAAGCAGGACUCCUAAAUGCGCGGCGGCAGCGAUGCACCUGUGAGCGAUCCGGGUUCCAGCACCGCAGCCGGGCUGAGCGCCGUCCCCGCGGGCCGCGCAUGGAGAGCCGCGGCCGGGCGGGGCUCCAGCCGGCGGGCGGAGGAGGAGAGGGAGGCGGCUGGGUGCUGGUGGAGGCCCGGCUCCAGGGAGGAGCGCCGUGGGGCUUCACGGUGCAGGGCGGCCUGGAGCACGGAGAGCCGCUCAUCAUCUCCAAGGUAGAAGGCGGCGGUAAGGCGGACAUGUUGGAGCGACCUCUGCUGGUCGGGGACGAGAUCAUCAUCAUUAACGACGUGGAGCUGAGCGGAUACCGGCAGGAGGCCAUCGCUCUGAUCAAAGGCUCCUUCAAGACGCUGAAGCUCACCGUCCGCAGGGAGUUUGAUCCCGGAUACAUCGAGGAGUUUACGUCACCAAACUCCGGGGCCGCUCUUCCACCUCCUGCUGUCUGUUUCCAAUCCCCGUCACUGUCACCACCUCCACAGCCGGUGACCCCAUCGUCCAAUCAGGGCCGGCCAUGUUCGGCGGUCCAACUACGCAUCAGGAACAGACGCAGUGAACAGGCGUCUCGUCCUCAUUCCUGGCACUCCACGAAGCUUGGCGAAGGUCACCCGGACCUCGGUGAGGGGAUGACGGACUCGAUGAGCACCUCCUGGCACCAGAGCUACCCCACCAGCGCUUCAACCAGCGACCUGUCGGGCGGGUUUGAUCCCAGCGGGGGUUACCUGAGGAAGAGUCCGGACCAGUACAGCUCCAGAGGCAGCAUGGAGAGCCUGGACCCAGCCCAGUCCUCCCAUCAUCACCCUGCCAUUCAGCAGCACCACCCACUGGGCCACCGCAGCCACUCUGGACCCCACCCGACCUACUCCUCCUGCCAGCAGCUGUCCUCCGCCAGGUCGUCGAACAGCAUCGACCACCUGCACAGCAAGCGAGACUCCGCCUACUCCUCCUUCUCCACCAGCUCCAGCAUUCCAGAAUACCUCGCCUCGGCCGCGUCCUUCAGCCCCGAGCGCUCCUAUUCCCUGGAGACCGUCCCCCAGAGAGGAGGCGGAAGCGCCGAGAUGCUUCAGGCGGACGUUCGAUACGUCCGCUCUGUCUAUGACGCCCAGCAGGGUCUGUCUCAGGAGCAUGAGCUGAACUCCUCCAGAGGCGGGGCCAGAUCUGCUCCAGGAAGAGAUCACCAAGGUUCCAUUGGCGGGGUCCUUUACCGCGGUUCAAACGGCAGCGGCGCCAGCGGCGGCAGCAGCAGCGUACCGGCAGCAAACAGACACAGCGUGGGGCCCAUAUGGGGCCAGGCGGCCAGCCGCAGUUCCUACGAGAGCCUGAAGGGGGCACCAGCCCCGCCGAGGCGCAGCGACAGCUACGCCGCCAUCAGGAACCACGAGAGGCCCAACUCCUGGUCCAGUCUGGACCACGGCCGGUCGCUACGAUCUCUGCAGAAAGGCUCCGGUCAUCACUCCAGUGGUCCAGUGGCUACAGCCAGAGGAUCGUACGGCACUGAGGGUCAGCUGCACACCGUCGUGGAGAAGAGUCCAGAGAGCAGCCCCACCAUAAAGCCCCGGCAGGGGGGCGGGUUCUCCCAGCCCCCGUCCCCUACCGGACCCCCCUCAGGUUCUGCAGCUGCCACCUCCCCGCCCAGCCGCCUCAUCCUUCCUGCCAGCGUGUACCCGGUCCCCCAGCCGGAGCCUCUGUACGCGCACACCCCCGCCUCCGGUCCCGGUCCGUCUGGAGUCUACGUCGCCCUGACCAAGGAGAGCAGCCGGCAGCAGGCCGGCAGGAACGAGGUUCUGGUGUCGGCUACGGAAAACGGCCAUCAGAGCAUCGCUUCUUCACCGUAUUCCCGCUCCUCCUAUUCUGGACCUGGGUCUUCACAGCCCAGGCCUCGGGUCUCUGAGGCGGACAGUUGGCACCAACAACCAGAGUCCAGCACCGAAACCCAUAAGCCACAUGUAAGAACUACUGGAGGCGGAUCCGAGGGUGCGGCUGGAGCCCAAAGAGCUUACAAGAACCCCAGACCCUACAGUCAGAACUUCGAUGAAUCCCUUUUAAGCCAGGGCCCGCCACAAGAACAGGACCAUGAAUACAGGAUUGCACCGGUCCACUCGGUCCCAGAUCUCAGAACCUUGUCCUCACAGGAGAGGAGUGAGCCCAGAGAGAGGAGCCGGCAAAGAGACCAGCCCAGCGGUCAUCCAGAACCACCCGGGUCUACCAGGGUUGCCCAGGGCCAGGCGCCCCCCUCUGCAGGUCCCGCCUCCAGCCGUCACUGCAGCGACGCAGCAGCUCCUCAGCACCAGCCCUGGAACCACAGAGACUCGGACAAGGACAACGAGCAUCCGCUGACCCGCCUGGAGAUCGCGCUCGCCGAGGUCCAGCGCUGCGGCAGCCCCGACAGCAACGGCGCCCACGGUCCGGCCCGCAGUCUCUCCGUCCUGGAAAAAGUCAGCCACUUUGAGCGACGGAGAGACGGAGGGAAGCAGCGCAGCCAAAGCACCGCCUCUUACAGCAAAGCUCUAGGGAUGACUGACAAAGGUCGCAGUUCUCCGUGUGGAGCGGAGGACCUCAGAAAUAUGCUGGAGAGGAGCACGAAGGGGACCAAAACACACAGGACGAUGAGCUACAGAGGCGGCAGCAACGAGUUCGUGAAACACAGGACUCCAGCUGAUCCUUUUUCGGCCCUGCAGAGGAGCCGCAGCAGCUUCCAGCUGGACGCGUCAAAGGAAUCAGACUCCAGCAAGACCUUUGCUGGGCGACAUGAACUCCAGGAGACGAUGGAUGCCCUGCAGGACACACCGUCAACCAGAUCUUACAGGGAUUCUGUGAAGGACGCCCAGCCCAGCGUCCUCCGCUCCACCUCCUUCAGACUGAGAGACCUCAGCUCCUCGGUCAGCUCCGCACCUCCUGGUGGUCCUCCGCCUGUCGUCUCCUCCAGCGCUCCUCAGCCUUUCCCCGUCCCCGCUAAGUACAACUCACUGGAGAAGAAAGGCCCAAAGACCAAGCCCAAACCGCAGGGCGUCGUCCUCCCUCAGCAGCCUCCAGUCACGUCCCCUCACACCCCGAAGGAGAGGCAUGUGGUCAGCCCCGACCUUGGAGGUCAGAGCCCGCCGCCCCUCCCCAGCGUCCCGCCGGUCGGGCCCCCCCCUCUGGCCAGGAUCUGUGGCCGCAGGCGUCUGACGGCAGACCAGAAGAAACGCUCAUACUCGGAGCCCGAGAAUAUGAACGAAGUUGGAGUUUCAGAUCCAGAAACCACGGCGCUCUUCCGGCGUGGCGGAGAAACUAGCGUGGCAGAUCGUCGCAAGAUGUUUGAACUUGUAGCAAAACAUGUCGGUGCCGCUCAGAGCGCCGCGUCGAGGUCCGACCUGCGGCAAGUUCGCCAAGACGCCCUGAUUGAGUAUAUGGAGAGGAAGCGAGGAGUUAGGAGGGAAGAUGGAGGGCAGAGGAGUGGAUCGAGGCCGCGCAGCGCUUUUCUGCAGCCGGAACAGGGCUACCACACAGACACCUACAGUCUCUCUUCCGCCUCCAGCCUACUGUCCAUUCAGGACGUCGGCCCAGAUCAGAGCACCCUCUCUGGAGAGAACCGCCUCUGCUCCGACGUCUCUCUUGGAUCGGACCUGCGGAGCCUCCAGUCCAACCUUUUCUACCCCGGCAGGGUGACCACACCCCGACCUCCGGCUCAACCCAUACUUGGUUCUUCUUCUAGCUCAAGUCUUGAUCUCCUCACCCAAGUCGGCCGAGAUCUGAACCCCGAAGCAGGACCCGACAGACACAGUCAGCCUAUGAACAAAGACUCGCCCGGCGGCCCAGACCGCCAGACGGCCGAGCCGCAACACAAACCCGGACUCUCCAAGAAGCUCGACGAGGCUUUGCAUCGGGCCGGGUCGGUUCGCAGGUCUGGGAGGUCGGCCUCUGCUGAGGACCUCCUGGAGCGCUUGGAAAGCCGAUGUUCACCUCAACACAUUCGCUCUCGCUCGUCCCCAACCGCGGAGAAACUCAACCAGAACUUACUUUCAGGUGACGUCAAGAUGUUCGGUGUCACCUUCUCUGAAUCUGGACGCUGUGCUCUGGCUGCAGACAGACCUGCAGACAUCCAUGCAUCAGAGGCCCUCACUUCUCCUCAGUCCUCCCAGUACGACGAACGCAGACGCCAGUCUGCAGGCUCUUCCCAAGGUGAGAGAGAGAGAGAGAGAGAGAAAGAGAGAGAGAGAGAGAGAGAGAGAGAGAGAGAGAGACAGAGAGACAGAGAGAGAGAGAGAGACAUUGGUAUUCAGGUGAACUUAGGAACAAAGAAAAUUGUCUCAAUAACUGUCUCUCCUCUGGUCCUAGACAUCUCUCACACCCCCGUCACUCGUAGGGAGCGACAGAGGAACGCAGAACGUCUGCGAGCCUACAGCACCUCCACCCUGGCCGCCUCGGUCGGCCUUCCCUGCCCCUUCUCUCCUGCAGCCAAUCAGCACGCUGCCGCCGCCGCCGCCGCCGAGUGGACAGCCAGCGAGCGGCUCAGCCAGGCCAACCUGGACGCCAUCACUUUUCCAGAGAUCCCACAGACCCGUGACGGAGACGGCAGGACGAACGCCGCUGGUGGAGACAGACAGACGAGACACAGUCUGAGCGACGCCACCGUUUUGGACGAACCGGCGAAGAACGCAUUCAGAGGCAGAACCUUCAGUUUGGAGAUGACGGGAGGGCGUUCUGCAGAAAACACAGAGCCAGUUUCUCCUCCAGUCACGUCUGCACCGUACAGGAAGACCAGUGGGAGCUCCGCCUCCUCCCAUCAGGCCGUCCAUCCACGCCUGUCCUCCCUGAGAAUCUCUGAAUCCAGCCUAUCAGGCUCCUUAGAGCAGCAGCAGCUGCAGACGUCAACAGAAAACCUCCAGGAGGAAUUUAACGAGGUCUUCCUCCACAAUCCUCCUCCUCCUCCUCCUCCUCCCCCUAUUCAGGAGACGAGCAUCAUGGAGGACUUACCUCUUCCUCCGCCGCCUCCACCUGAGCUGGAAGCUGAACCUCCCUCGUUACAGAGCUCUAACUCAGAAAUCCAGUCCUCGGUUGAGUCUUCUGCCCCCGUGAGGUCACAGCCGACCGGCUCCACCGAAGACGCCCAGAUCUUCGAGUACCAGCGGCUGCCCAAGAGGGAACAGACGGCCGAGGAAGUGAAAGCGGAUGCUCUGGCUCGCCAGCUGGCGUUGGAAGAUCCCUCUCUAGCGCCCCUGCUGGACAUCUAUGGGGGUGAAUGCACCAUGAGGCUGAUGGAGGAGAUCUUUUCAAACAGCAGCCUGACUGGUGAAGCGCAGCUGGAACACAGAGGCAGUUCACUUCCGGGUCAAAGGAUUCAGGAUGAUAUCUGUGAUCCGGAGCAAAGGAAGGAGACCGAUGUCGAUGGCGAGGAGAGCGACAUAAAUAUCAGGAAGGGGGCGCUCUGUGAGGCCCUGCAGAGUAGCGUGGCGGCGCUGCAGCGAGAGAAGAAGGCUCUGGGCGAAGAGCAGCGGCGUCACCAGGCUCUAGGCGCCAGCAUCGAGGCGCUGAUCCAGGAACAGCUGAAGACCAACGAGAAGGAGAAGUACAGCAUUUUCAUUGGAGAUCUGGAGAGGAUCGUGAACCUGCUGCUGUCUCUAUGCAGCCGCCUGUCCAGGGUGGACAAGUCCUUGCUUUCUCUAGAGAGGGACGAGCUGAUGACGGAGGAUGCUGCUGAGGAGAGGGACGCCCUUCGUCACAAACGCUCUCUGCUCCUCCGUCAAACCGAAGACGCCCGGGAGCUGAAGGACAACCUGGACCGGCGGCAGCGCGUGGUCAACGCCAUUCUGUCCGGCUACCUCACCGAGACGCAACUCCGAGACUACCGCCACUUUGUCGGCGCCAAACCCUCGCUCCUGAUUCGCCAGCGGCGCCUUGAUGACCUCAUCAGGCAGCGCGAGGAGCAGCUGGCGCGACUAACGGAGAGCCUGCACGGCUGGCCGCCGAGCUCGCCGCCGUUCUCUGCGAACCCGAGCGCCGGCCAACCCGUCCGGUCCACCGCUGUGACAUCACUGUGACAUCACUGUGACGUCACCGUGACAUCACUGUGACGUAAAGGGCAGAUACAGACACUGAUUGGCCCUCAGGUCGGACCUUCUGAACCACAACGUAUUGGAGGAAAGAUGGAUUCAGUCUUUUUGGGCAGUUUUCUGCACAUCAACAAUUAAACAUUAGUAUUUAGUCUUUUUUUUU